UAAGAUUAGAAAACUUACAAACCCUAUACAAAAUAACAAAUACAGUAAAAGAAGUUAAUAUACGGUACAAGAAAACCCAAAGAUCACGGUGUAACCGAUUAGUAUCCUACUCCCCAUAAUUUCUCUCCCCUUUUUUUUCUCCCAGAUUUCAGCAAUCCACGACAAUUUAAAGUAGAAACCAUAUUUUCACCAUCACGGUUGAAGAGUCUUGAAAAUUCAUUUAACUGAAGUUGAAAAUUUCAGAAUUCAUAAAACAUUCAAUAUCAAAGUUCCGGAUCAAAAAUUUCGUAUGUUUCAAUGGCAGAUGAGACAAUUCAUUCAAUAAUGGUACAACACAAUGGAAGAUGGGACGCAUCAGGUAGAUACGUAAAUUUUGAAGUUGAAGGAAUAUUAUACGAUUCCAAAUCAAAGUUUAGUGGUUUGGUCACAGUGAUUGCUGCUCAACUAGGAAUAGAUACAACAAUUCAAGGAUUGGAGAUUAAAUACAUUGUUAGUGACAGAUGCCCGCCAAUGACCAUACACAACGAUAUGGGUGUCCAUGUAUAUUUAGACCAAAAAAAGGAAAACAAAAACUUCUUCAGUAAGUAUCCUUUAUGUAUUACAUUGAGGGAUGUAGCUUUGGAUUUAAUUGAAAUCCAAGACGAUGGAGGCAGCGGUUCGAAUUCUAUACAAUCCGUACCUUCACACAAUGGAAAAACUGAUCAGUUGAAUGCCAUGGUUCCCAGUGUUGAUUUUGAGGCUGUGGAAUGUGAACGAAAUGGAAUUAUAAGCGACAAUCGAUAUGAAUUUGUUGCUGAAAAACAGAUUUAUAAGGACAAGGAAACAAUUGUUGCGGUUAUGAAGAACUACGCCUUUUCGAAACAAUUCCAAUUUCGGGUUAGAAGAUCUAGUUCUAAAAGGUAUGAAAAUUAAUGUUAUUUCAAUAUGUUGAAUAAUAUGUAAGAUAUAACUUUUAAACAAUCCUUUCAAUUAUUUAUGUUUAGGAUUGUUGUAUGAUAUAUGUAUGAAAACUGUAUAUAAAAUCUGUUUCUGAUUUUUUUCUUUCUUCCAACAAUAGCUAUUGUCUUGAGUGCCCUGCGGACGAUUGCUCUUGGAGUUUUAAAUCGUCAAGUUUGAAUGAUUCAGGGCUUUUCAAAAUUAGAUCAUUUUGUGAACAACAUUCAUGCUCAUUAAAGGAUAGGAUUUAUUCAAGACGUCAAGCAACUACGGCGGUUGUUGGAAUUAUGAUAAUGGAUAAGUAUGAAGAUCCAAAAAGAGUAUACACACCAAAGGAUAUAGCAUCAGAUAUGAGGAAACAACAUGGUUUAACAAUGACUUACAUGCAAGCUUAUAGAGCCAAGGAAAAGGCAUUAAACAUGUUGCGAGGGGAUCCAACUGAAUCAUACAAUAAGUUACCCAGCUACUUUUACAUCCUGGAAAAGACAUAUCCGGGGUCAGUUGUUAGUUUGGAAAAAACAGCGGAAGACCGUUUCUUGUAUGCAUUUGUAGCAUUGGAACCUUGUAUUAGAGGAUGGGAGUAUUGUAGGCCUAUAGUAGUUGUUGACGGCACCCAUCUAAAAUCAACUUACGAAGGAACUAUGCUAAUAGCAAGCACACUAGAUCCAGGAGGUUUGUAAUAUUUUUUUUUAAUUUUAUGCUUAAAUUUCAAUUAUAAAUGACCGUAUUGAUUGCAUAUAAUUUUUAUACAAAAACAGGUAGUAUACUGCCACUAGCAUAUGCAAUAGUUGAUUCGGAGAAUGAUGCAUCUUGGACAUGGUUCUUUGAGAGAUUUAGGAUAGCUUUUGGUGAAAGGGAGAAUAUGUGCAUUGUAUCAGAUAGACAUGAUAGUAUAUGGAAAGCUUCUGCAUUAGUAUAUCCGGGCUGACUCAUUAUGCAUGUAUUUGACAUUUGUGGAAUAAUUUACUUAAGAAAUGCAGGGGAAAUCAAGAACAAGUCAGGAAACUAUACUUUGCAUUAGCUAAAGCAUACACUCUUCAAGAAUUUAGUGAACUCAUGGGAAGGCUGGACACAAUAGAUAAGAAGUUGGGUGUAUACUUAUUUGAUAGUGGGUAUCAUAAAUGGUCUCGGGUACAUGCAACAGUGAA